AUGAAGGCCGUGAGCGCGUGGUCAGGCACCGCCGGCCUCGGCGCCGUCGCCGCCCUCGCCGCCGCCACCUUCGCCAACACCCUUUCCUGCGGCUUUGUAUGGGACGACCGCGCCGCGAUCUUGACGAACCGCGACUUGCGCACGGACGAGACGUCGGUGUGGGACCUCUGGAGCCACGACUUUUGGGGCAUGGCACUCACGUCGCCGACGAGCCACAAGAGCUACCGACCACUCACAGUGCUCACGUUUCGAGUCAACUAUGCCCUCGGUGGCUACAACCCGAUGGGCUACCAUCUGCUAAACGUCCUACUGCACAUUGCGGCGUCGGUACUGGUCGUCGUGGUCGGCCGUCGGGUGGUGGCACCGUUCGGUGCGUCGAACACACCCGUCCUCGCCGGCCUUCUCUUCGCCGUCCAUCCGAUCCACUGCGACUCGGUUGCGAGCGUCGUUGGCCGCGCCGACGUCCUGUGCACCUGUCUCUCACUGCUGGCAUUUUGCCUCUACGACGCCUCGGCCUCCGCCACGUGCACCAACUGGCCGCUCUACACCGCGAGCCUCGUCUGUGUCCUUGCAGCCACCUUGUGCAAAGAACUCGGGGCCACGACCCUGGGCAUUCUCGUGGCGCUUGAGCUGCUGCGCACCGCGCCGCCGCCAUCCAGGUCCAAGCGACUCGGUCUAUCAGCUGGCGUCGUCCGCGUAGCGCUUCUUUUGGGUCUCGGCAGCGCCGCCAUUGCCUCUCGCAUCGCGCUCAACGGCGACCAGACCCUCUACGCAUGGUCGAUCUUUGAGAAUGACGUGUCGCUGCUUCCAUGGGGCCUUCCGCGUCUCCUGACCACGCUGCACACGCACGGCUGGUACCUCUACAAGCUCGUCUGGCCGCAGUAUCUCUGCUACGACUAUGGCUUUCGAACGAUCCCGAUCAUCUCGUCGCUCUUCCAGAUGGAAAAUCUGGGAACGGUGCUCGCCUAUGCGGCUCUCCUGGUGCUACUACGCGUAGCGUUCGACCGCCGGCAGACGUCGCCGUUGCUUCUGCUCACGUCCUUUGGUCUCUUCCCGUUUAUACCGGCCGCCAACCUCUUGUUUCCCGUCGGCACCAUCGUCGCCGAGCGGCUCAUGUAUUUUCCCAGCGUCGGCUUUUGCUUUGUCUUGGGGUACGCACUGGACUCGGCGCUGCGUUGGUCGUCCGAGACACGCCUCUUUGAAGCUUCGGUCCUCACGGCGCCGUGGAGCGUCAAAGUCCUGAGCAACCUGUCCAAAGUACUCCUCGGACCGGACCCGCCACGGGCUGCCGCGUACCUGGAACGUGCGCUCUCGGUCGCGCCGCGCUACGCCGUGGGCCAUCUGAACCUCGGCCUGGCCUACGCUGGCAUGGGGAAGCCACUGCAUGCGAUGCAGAACCUUCUCGACUCGAUCGACGUCGACCCGAGCCUGGCGGCGUAUGGGUACCUGGGGCGGUACGCAUCGAGCUUUUACCUCACGUCGCAGCACGAGCAGUUUGCCAUGAGCAACGCGACGCACGCGCGCAAGCUCGCGCACCACUUGCUCGACCACGCGAUCGCCCAAGGCGCGAGCAUGCCGGGUCUCUUCUUCAUGCGCGGUCUUCUCGCGUACUACACCAAGGACUUUGUAACCGCCGUUACGUACUUUGGCGCGACGGUGCAAGCCAACGACGUCGUGCGCGCCCGAGGCUACGACCUGGAAGAGCUCGUGACGCCGUGCGCUGCGCAAAACAUGCUCGCCUUGUCGCUGGACGAAAGCGGCGACGUUGAUGGCGCCUUCAACUUGUACAUGGAGUAUGUCCAAGCGCAGUCGCAGUGCCUCGAGAUCUACAACAACGCAGCGAUGCGCCUGCGCGAUCGCGGCCGGCUGGACGAAGCGGCGCAGCUGCUCACGACCGGCUUGCACCGCUUUCCCGACUCGGUCAUUUUGUUGAUGAAUGCGGCGCAGGUCGCCGAGGACCGCGGCAACGACGUCGAAGCCUACUCGCUCUUCCUCAAGGGCUUCGCCAUCGACCCGACCAACGAAUCGCUGCUCGCCAAGCACGCCAACCUUGUGCCAAAGCUUGCCAAGCCGCUGCAGUCGGGCACCGUGGCACCGCAGCCCAUGGCUUCCUAGGACCACAUAGAGGCUCGUAAACGCUUGUAGUACAGUGCACCUACAUGCACCCGUGAUGCUCCUGGA